AUGAACCCCAAGCUCUACCAGUUCCUGGUCGCGCUGUUCGCCGCGUUCGGCUCGUUCCUGUACGGGUACGACCUGGGCGUGAUCGCGUCAGUGGUGGCCUCGGACUCGUUCGUCGACAAGUUCGUCGACAAGCACAGCGCCGUGUCGGGCACGGUGGUCGCCCUGUUCACGGCGGGAGCCUUCUUCGGCGCCUUCGGGGCGGGCUAUACCGAUCCGCUUGGGCGCCGGAAGACGCUGGCGCUUGGGUCGGUGUUGUUCAUCGUCGGUGGAGCACUACAGACAGGAGCCGUGGAUAUCGGCAUGCUCUACUUUGCGCGACUGCUGGCAGGGUUUGGCAUCGGUAUUCUCGUCGAGACCGUGCCCAUGUUCCAGGCUGAGAUCGCCCAUGCCAGUAUCCGUGGUAUCCUGGGCUCGUUGCAGCAGACCAUGCUGGGGAUUGGCUCCUUGGCGGCCUCGUGGAUCGGGUAUGGUUGUGAAUACCACUGGGCCAACACGGGAGACAGCAUUCAAUGGAGAUUGCCGCUUGCGCUGCAACUCGUCCCUGCCAUCGGUCUCGCAUCCUGCAUCUUCUUCUUCCCCGAAUCGCCUCGCUGGCUGAUCGAUCACGACCGCCACGAGGAAGGCCUGCGCAACCUUGCGACGCUACAUGCCAACGGCGUCGUCAACGAUGCGUACGUGCUGGCCGAGUACGAGAUCAUCAAGCGGCAGAUCGAGGAGGAGCACACCUACGGCGCCAAGUCGUACAAGGAGCUAUUCGCCAACCGCUCCAACACACGACGAAUCGUGAUUGCCUGUGCCUGUCAAGCUUCUGCUCAGAUGACCGGCGUUUCCGCCAUCCAAUACUUCUCGCCCGCCAUCUUCGCGCAGAUCGGCAUCUCCACGUCGCGCACCCUGCUGUACCAGGGGAUCAACUCCAUCAUCGGCGAGCUGGCGCAGUUCAUCUUCUUCUUCCUCAUCGACCGCGUGGGACGUCGUCCCCUCCAGAUCGGCGGGAAUAUCAUGUGCGGCGUCGCGUUUCUGAUCGGCGCAGCCUUGAUGGCCAAGUAUCCGACCAGCUCGGCCAACGAUUCGGCGCACUGGGCGUUCAUCGUGUCGAGUACCUGGCUGUUCAACUUUUGCUUCUGCGCUUCGGGCACCAUGUCGUGGAUUAUCCCCGCCGAGAUCUUCAACACGGCCACUCGUGCAAAGGGCAUCUCCCUGUCGACAAUGGUCAGCUUUGCCUUCAACACGAUGAUUGCGGAGGUCACACCUAUCGCCCUCGACCGGAUCGGCUGGCGCUACUAUAUUCUUUUCAUUGUGUGUGAUUUCGGAAACGCCCUGUUCUUCUACCUCUUCCUGCCGGAGACAAAGGGCAUCACCCUCGAGGUCAUGAACGAUCUGUUUGAGAAUUCCCCGCUCCUCGUCCCGGGCAGUCACUGGGAGCCUAGACCGGAGAACGACGUCGACCAGGUCAAGGAGACCAAGAUGAUUCUGCAGGCGGCUCAUGUGGAGGAGGCAUAG